UCGACCUUUGCCCUCAAUCUUCGCGAGUGAAGUGACAGAUUUUCCACAAACUAAAAUGAACAAUUUAAGUGUUAUAAGUGAAUCCCAUUUAGAGACCGAACCGGAACCUUCUAUAAGUCGGUUCCCCAGUAUACCGGAAACGGAUCCACAGCCAGGGGUGGCACACGUGAGAAUCUGCGAACGCUGCGGUGGACCGGAUGCUAGGCACGUUUGUUCCGAUGCCGCAUGUCUGAAAAGGUACUGCAAACGGUGCAUCACCCAGUACAGUGAGGUGGGGGAAGUGAUCUGCUGCAAAAAGUUACGGGUUCGAAAUGUUCGAAUUUUUACGAACGUUGGACCAGCCUUUCGGCAACUUCGAUACAUGGUACUUAAGAAUCAACAGGCGCCGCAAUGCUGCUGGCUGCAUCCGGAGGAACUGUACAAAAUGUUCUGCAUGGAGUGCGAAAUGGGAGUUUGUGUCGUUUGUGCCUUCAAGAAAGAUGGGGACCACGUGGAUCAUAAAGAGGAUAUUUUACUUCUUGAUGAUGCUUUUGCCAAACUUAAACCGGCGCUGAGAGAUCUGAGAUCGAGAAUCCGACAUUACAACAAGGCAAUCAAAAUAUGUCUGGAUCGGUACAUCGAAGGCUCUGCAGAGAAACGAGCCGAACUGAGAGAAACUCUGAUCAACCAUAAAGACGUUCUGCAUUCGUAUUACGUCAAAGCCGAGACGAUACUGAUCGCGGAGAUCAAGACCGCUGAUAUUGUUCUCCAAGCAUCCGUGAUUGUUGGUUCGGGAGAUAAAUUCAUCCGGGAGUUGCUGAAAAUCAAACAAAUCAAGGUUGUUCAAGAGGAUUUGAAUCAGUUAAACGGACCUUGUGAUGGCUUUCAUGCAUUCAAGAACAUUCUUCUCAAAAUGUCUAUGAGAGGAGAGAGUAGCUGUUGAACCCAUAACAAACAUAAUAUUGAAUAAGCUGAUCAUCAGGCAAAAGUAAGGAGUAAUAUCAAGUAUUUUCAAGAACGGAUUUAAAUUAAAAAAAAAAAAAAAGUCAUUUGGCAAGAAAAUAAAAAAAAAUUGAUUUUCCGAA